UGUCCACCGAGUAAACGGAAUACUUUCACUGGGCAGAGGAUUGUGUUGGGAGUUAAAACACCACCGUGAACGCGUACUACAGCUUAUCAGCGAUGCUGCCAUCCAGCUUUUGAAGCUAUUGCACUCUGUUCCAUGUUUUGGAAGGAUGCAUACAACACGCAGCCCCUCAUCCAUCCCGACAGGUGUCUCAGGAGAUGCCUUGGACCUCAGCUUGUCAGGCUCCCAGCUUUCAGUGUCCAAAAGACCCAGCAGUGCAUCACCUGGGAAGUACUUCUCUCGGUCUGUGUCUGUUUCUGUGGCUGGUGACAGCAGAGGAAAGCGUAACACCCUGAGUGAUGCCAGCUUUGGUAGCUCCCGCUCCAUCAAGAACCUAAGGCGGUCCAACAGCACCACUCAGGUUAAUCAGCAGGCCAACAUCAGUUCAAGUCAGGACCAAAGUGAGGACUACCUGGCCCUGUUUGACAGCAGCUCAGAUGGACGGAAGAAACUGGCCAGCCUCAGCAAAGCCUCACCAGACAGAACCACAUGGAACAUCCUGGACGAUCAGCCCAGAGCUUUCCCCCUGCACUCGAGCUCCCGUAGCACAGGCAGCAUGGACUCUCCCACCAGCCUGAAGAAAAGAGAGCCUGGCAUUGCUCUGGCUGCCACCUUCACUGCCAACAACAGGAGUAACAAGGGAGCUGUGGGGAACUCUGUCACCACCAUCUUACAUAACAACUACUCUGAGAAACCUCUGACACCUAAGAGCUCCAACCAGAAGCCGUCCUUUAAUAACAUCCUAAAAGCCACAGCAAAUGAUGAGGUGUUACUGGAGAAUGGCUCCCUGACUAAGUCCCAGAAGAAUUUCUCUUCAACGUCCUCCACUACCAACAACAAAUCUCCAGUGUCGGCCCAGCGUGGCAGUCCUGUACUGGCUCGAAGGAGGGAGGUCACAGAGGAGGAGGCUGAAAGGUUUAUUCAGCAGGUGAACCAGGCAGCAGUCACCAUCCAGCGCUGGUACAGACGCCAUGCAAAGCGACGACACACAAACCAGGCAGCGCUCAAACGUGUCCUUGCCAGUAGAAGAAAGGAGUGGGAGGAGAGAACACAGGAGGACAAUCGCCUGGAACAGCAGCAGAAAAAGGACGAAGACAGGAAACGAAUUCGUGAAGAAAAAGCUCGUCUGGCCCGCCUCGCUGCCAUCCAGGAGCUGCAACAGAAAAGAACCCAACGGAUUACAGAGGUGCAGCAUGCAGCUGAGGCGGAUCUGGAAAAUCUGAGGCAGACUGGUGUGGUUGGACAUAAGAAGCCUCCAAGGAUUUCCCUGACCAACAAAAGUCCAGACUCACCAAGCAACAACAGCCCACUGUCACCCACAGUUGUCAAAACCAAGAACACAGACUCUAAUUUGAACGUAGUGGCUGACUUAGGUGAGCUGAGCUUCAGAGCCAUUUCCCCAGCUCUAUCCAAUCCUAGAGGUUCUCAGUGUUCCCAGGAGCAAGAGGACAGAGCAGAAGAGGAUGUUUGCCUGGAGCAGCAGCAUCAGGACACUGAUAGGAAACUGAUCCGUAAAGAGAAAGCUCGUAUGGCUCGGGUCGCUGCUUCCCAGGUGAACACAUCUGAUGAGCUGCAGCAGAAGAGAACCCAGCAAGUUGCAGAGGUGCAGCAUGCAGCUGAGGUGGAGUUGGAAAGUCAGAGGCAAACCAGUGUGGUUGGACGCAAGAAGCCACCCAAGAUUUCCCCGACCAACAGAAGUUCAGCCUCACCGGGCAACAACAGCCCGAUGUCACCAACAGACAUAAAAACUAAGAACACAGACACAAACUUGAAUGUUGUGACUGACAUAGGGGAGCUCAGUUUCAGAGCGAUUUCCCCGGCUUUGUCCAACCGCAGAGAUUCUCAGUGUUCACAGGAGACUCUGCAAAGGUCAGUAAGUGUGGAGGACCAGCGGCAAGGAGCAUUGUCCAGCAGGGCUCAGUCUAAAACCACCCUCAACGAGCUGCUGGACACACUGAAGCUUUUAGAGGAGGAGCCAGAAAGGCUGUCAGAGCCAAAGUGCUACCGCAAAGAGAAAUAUGCCUGGAUAGAUGAGGAUGGAGACUCCAACUCUCUGACCACUGACAACCUGGAGCGUCAUGGGCAGCUGAGCCACCACCCUGCACUGCCAGACGGGGGCGCCCUGCUCUCUGAGGCCAAGCUGCAGAGCAUCAUGAGCUUCCUGGAUGAGAUGGAGAAGUCUGAACAGGAGAGACCACGCUCGGUCACCUCAGGAUCACACAGAGAGGCUGUGUUGUCUGAGGAGGAGCUGGCUGGCGUUGAGCAGGCGUCGGCCACCGCUGCCGAAGUCACCGGCUCCAUGAUGAGAAUCAAACUGGAGCUAGAGGAGAAGAAACGCACCGUCAACAUGCUGCAGGCUGCACUGGCCCAGCAGAGGGAGCUGACGGUGAGACAUGUGAAGGAGACAGAGAAGGAGCUCAACAGAAACUUCCAGCUCCAGAAGGAGCAAUAUGAAGCCACCAUCCAGAGACACCUCACUUUCAUUGAUCAGCUGAUCAAUGAUAAAAAGACUCUGAGUGAGCGCUGUGAGGGAGUGGUGGGAGAGCUGAAGCAGGUGGACCAGAAGUACACCAAGAAGAUUGCACAAAUGCAGGAGCAGCAUGAAAUGGUGUGGCAAAUUCUGGGUCCCUUGUGUGAGGAGAUCAAGAAGUUAAAAGACCUAAUGAGUGCCACAGAGAAGAUCCGCCGGGAGAAAUGGAUUGAUGAGAAAACCAAAAAAAUCAAAGAGAUCACCGUCAAAGGUCUGGAGCCAGAGAUCCAGAAGCUGAUCUCUAAACACAAACAGGAGCUGAAGAAGCUGCGGACGCUCCACGAGGCAGAGCUGCUGCAGGCAGACGACCGGGCUGCUCAGCGCUACGUCCGCCAGUGUGAGGAGCUCCGCCAGCAGUUGGAGAAGGAGAAGGAGGAGCAGUGUCAGAGAGAGAAGGAACUAGCCAAACAGAGAUAUGAGAAGCAGCUUCAGGAGGAGGAGCUGUCCCUGCAGCAGCAGAGGAGGCGUCUCUACAAGGAGGUGGCUGAUGAGAAAGAGAGGCUGGCCCAGCUGGCUGCAAGGCAGCGAACUGAGCUGGAGGAUCUGCGGCGGCAGCUGGAGGAGAACAGCUCUCUGGCUGGACGUGCACUCAGAGAAGAGCUGGACAAAACCAGAGAGGAGCAGGAGAGGAGACACCAGGUGGAGAUGAAGGCGAUGCAAGAGCGAUUGGACAUUGAAAAGCAAACAUGGGAAGAAAACUACAAGAAAAAAGAGGAAGCGUGGCUGCUCAGCCGCGAGCGCGAGCUCAAAGAAGAACUGCGACGAGAACGCGACAAAGAGAUCGAGCUUGCCAUCUGGACGCUGGAGGAGGAGACCAGCAAGGACAAAGAGGAGUGUGAGAGGGCAGCUGACAACAGGGUGAAGCGUGUGAGGGAAAAAUAUGAGGCUGAGCUGAGGGAGCUGGAGCGAUCUGAGAGGGCGGCCGUGGAGAAACAACAAGAGCUGAGGAAGCAGCAGAUGGAGACGGAGGGAGAGCUGAUUAGACUUCAGGCUGUGCUCAGACAGAAAGAGCAAGAGACUGAGGAUAUCACACAGACCAGGGACAAGCUGGUGGACGAGCGUCGCAGCCUGGCGGAAGUGAUAAGGCAGGAGUUUGCUGACCGGCUGGUGAUGACGGAGGAGGAGAACCGUAGGAUGAAGGUGGAGGUGUCAGAAGUCAGGGCAAGGCUACGGCUGGAGGUGGAGAAGGUCACCAGGGAGAAGGAGGAGGAGCUGGCUGAAGUCCAUCAACGAGUUAAGUUGGCCAUUUUGAAAAAGGAUGAAACUGUCAAUAAUCUUCGGAAGCAGCACGAGGCUGCUCUGAAGAGGGCAGAUCACCUCGAGGCCCUGUGGGAACAGCAGAGGAAGCAGCUGCUGGAGAAGUGACUGACAGGAAGGCCAGGUUUUAUCCACCUGGACCUCCCCCCUCUGC